CCCAAGUCGCCCCGACUGAGCGCUGGCAGCAGAACACGUUCUACGGUUUUAUACGCGGAAGGCUGUCAGGGCUGGGCAGCCCAAUCCCUGGCCAGCCGCCCGCUUAGAUGCCUAGUGGCUGCAUUGAUGCCUCAAAGGCGAGGCACCCGGUCCAGAAACGUGCCGUGAUCAGAUGUACGCAGGCUUGGCCGCCCCCAGUCUUGGACACGGCCAGGGAGCUUCACCCAAUCUGCAACAUCCAUCUAGGUCUCCUUGUCCCUCUCGCUCUGAAGUUGUUCAGUUCCAGCGCGGCCUCAUCGAACACACAAAAAUCAGGCCGGGCCAGACCCAGAUCCCCCUUCUCCUUUCCCUCACCUCACCUGUUCCCCCCUCCCAUAACUCAUACCUUUUUCCCUCUCCUCCUCGACGCUUCUCCUCCUCCUCAAACCUCGCCUCGCCCCCCCAAAGCUGCCUGCCCUGCACGCCCACGGCUGGCCUCGCAUAUCAAUCUGCCCGUGCGUGUACAGUGCGUGUGUGUGCGUGUGUGUUGUGUGUGUGUGUAUGUGUGUGUGUCUUUUCCUGUGCGUGUGUCAGACUGCACCAGCUACAACAGCACCCAGGCGUGUCAGGUUGGAUGUUUCCUCAUUUGCGCAUCAGCUCCCCGUCUGUUGUCAACCCGUCUGCACAGAGCAGCUGAAAGAGAGUUGGAGGUGCAGCGAGCCAGGUGCCAGGGAGACGGGAAGACGUGACGGCUCCACGCCCACCGCUGCGCAACGCACGCCAGCCACAGCCAGCCUGCCUGCCAGCCUGCCUGCCAGCCAUCCAAGCAGCACCAGCACCCGCAGCACCAAGCAGCAAGAGACAGACCGGCCCUCUGCUGCAUAUCGGGACGCUACUCUCGGCCUGACCACCUGCAACCCCCCAGAAAACGCCUAAUCAGGCCAACGUACGGCUUUUCCCCCAGCUCUUGGUCCUCAGCUAGCUCGCCACUGCUACCAACCUAGGUGUUGCUCCAGUCCCACCCGCCCACAGGCUCGCAGGGCUCUGCUUGCCGGCCAUCUGCACUCCUGGCAGCGCUUCCUUCCACAGUGGAACCCCCACAGAACCGCAGAACCGCAGAAACCACCUGCAAUUCCAGCACUGGUCCUGCCCGGAUCGCCCAGCACCACCACCCAUCCGCCACCAGGGGACCUCUUGACCCCCGACACAUCGACCCUCGGAGGCUCACAGGGCUGUCUGCAAAUCUCCAGCCCUCUAAAACUCAGUUUCCGGCUGCCCACCCACACUGUGCCCCCCGCCGCCCGCCUGCAGCCACAGCACAGUGUCCCGGCAGGCCCAACCCCCCCUGUUUUGGCCGUGCUGCAUCUCUGCGCGACCAGCACCAGCGAACAGAGGUUGGCCCUCUCUGCCCUCUCUCCCAUCAUUACUCAACUCAAACCCAACUCGACCUCUCCCGUUCCAGAUCAAUCUCCUCCUGACGGACCGGACCUCUCUCUGAACUCUCCCUCUCUCUUUCUCUCGCCUCGCCUCGCCUCGCCCUCGCCCCCCGUUAUCUGGUUGAUGCCAAAUCAAUCCAUCGACUCAUUUGGCCACUCCAAACCAGACCCACGACCACAUUCCGUCCCGUCCUGGACCACAACCACGACGCCGACCGCACACUCCCGCAGCUGCCUUAGGUCGCAUCUCCACCCUGCAGUGAUCCAUCUGUCACUCUGUCCCUCAACCUUCCACUUCCAUCACGCGUUUCAGACCAGCAUCCUCUCUGCGCCCUGCGUGUUGCGUGCAUCCCUACCCUGUCCUCUUUCUCUUCUAGCCUCGACAAUCCAUCCCUCUUUUUUUUUUCUUAUCAUCCCGCCCACACAUGCACCUUUCCGUCCAGGACAGUAGCAGCAUCAGCAGCAGCAGCCUCUUCAAGAGCUGGCUCGGAAAUUAGCACCAACUACCGAGCACCUCUAUCCGCUGGACCAGGGCCACGAGUCCCGCGACAAAGUCCGCCCCCGUCCACAAUAACCUCGUCUCGCUGAGACUCAAUUGUCAAAGCGUUUCCGCCCGCCCAUCCGACUUUCUCCGCCUCUCCUGACUCCGACCCAGCCCUUCGCUGCGGCAGACUCGUUCUGCGAUCGCAGACGCGCCGCCCCGUAAGGAUGAACAACGUCAAUAUGGCCAACAUGCCCAUGGGUGGCGGGCCCGUCGGUCCUGCCAUGCCCAUGAUGAAUAACGGCGCCGUCGCCGGCCCAUCUGCGCCGCGACCGCAGCAGCAGCAGCAGCAGCAGCAACAUCAGCAGCAGCAGCAACAACAACAACAUCAGCAGGAGAACAACAGGCAUCUGCUCAACACAUACAUCUACGAAUAUUUCCUGCGCAAUGAGAUGUACGACUGCGCGCGCACCCUACUGAGCGAGGACCCGCAGAUUAAGACCACGGACGGUCCAAACUCUCGGCGCGACGAGAACGGGAACCUACUCGGCAACGGCGUUGGCGACUCCAUGGACGUCGAUAGCAAAGACGGUGUCGAUUCGAAGAGACCCGACGAUCUGCCGCAGCCUAUGAUUGCUAACCUCUCAAUCGACCAACCGUUCCUCUUCGAGUGGUUCUGUCUCUUCUGGGACAUGUUCAACGCCCAGAAGGGCAAGAGCGGGAAUGGCCAAGUCAACUCAUACAUGAACCACACUCAGAACCAGACUCGACUGCGUCACAGCCAGCAGCAGGAACUCAUGCGCCAGAUGAGGCCAGACCUGACGCCCGCCCAGCAGCAGCAGCAGAUGAUGCAGAUGCAGAUGCAGCGCAAUGGCGCCAUGGGCUUGGUGAAGCCGGGCAACAACCUGCCUCGCACAGCCAUGGCUAACAGCCAGAACAACCCCAACAUGAUGCAACAUAUGCUCCAGCAGCAACAGAAACAAGGCCAGAUGCAGCGAGAACCCUCGGACAUGGAUGGAAACCGACCACGGCCCUCUUCCCCAGGCUCCGCCGACAACGCACCAUCUCCCUCCAAGCGCAUGCGUCUCUCCGAGGGCGGUCCUUUCAACCCUGCCCAGAACGGCAUGAUGCCCAACGGCCGACCAGCGGGACAGGGGAUGCCAGGCCAGCAGCAGCAGCAGUCUCCAGCGGUGCAGCAGAAGACAAUCCAGACUUACGCCGCGAACCUCCAGCAACAGCAAAGCCAGCAGAUGGGCAAGCCAAUGCCCAAUGCGAACGGCCCUCCUGGACAGGGUUCGCCCAUGGUUGGCCAGGCUCCCGACGGGGCUACCAUAGGCUCCUUCUACAAUGCCGACGGGGGCAUGGCUUCUGCACCUCCAGGUGCGAUGAGGGGCCCCGGCGGUCCCAACGCCACCCAACAGGGCGGCAGCAACCACGCUCUCCAGGACUACCAGAUGCAGUUGAUGCUUCUCGAGCAGCAGAACAAGAAGAGGCUGAUGAUGGCGAGACAGGAGCAGGAUGGUGGCAACAAUAUGCCCAUGGCCAGGGACGGCGGGCCUGGCGGCCCCGGGGGUCCCGGAGGUCCUGGUGCGCCUCCCGGCGCCGCUGCCCCAUUCCAAGGCGCGUCGCCACAGGGAGCCCGACCUGGGGCGUCUCCAAACCCCACCGACAUGAAGCGUGGUCCCCAACAGAUGAACCCAGCCGGCAUGGGCUCACCACUCCCCGAAGGUGCGCAGUCUCGCGGCUCGCCCAACACCAUGAACUUCAUGGGCAACCAGAUGGACCCGUCUCAGGCACCCCACUUCAUGGGUGGCGGUGGCGGCGGCAACAUGGCCGGCGGGCCGCAGAUGAACGGCAUGCGACCACCAAGCUCGCACCCAGGACAGCCACCGUUCAACGGCCCGAUGAACCCCCAGCAACAGCAGCAGAUGAUUGCCCGUCAGCAAGGCCAGAUGGCUGGUCAGCCGGGCCAGCAGAUGCAGUGGCAGCAGCAGCAGCAGCAGCAGCAGCAGCAGGGCCAGCAGGGAGGGCCAGGAGCUCCAAAUGGUGCUCAGAUGGUCCCACAGGGCCAGACGCCCCAGCAGGUGCAGGGAACUCCGCAACAGCGUCAUGCUGCGAUGCCCCCACCGGCCCAGCCCGCCGCUGCUGCAGCCGCCGCAAACGCGCGGAACACGUCGUCGCCACAGGUCAGCAACGCCGCGCCACCGACACCCUCCCAGUCGGCCAAGGCCGCGCCUAAGAAGAAGGAGACGAAGAGUGCGAAAGAAAAGCGCACUGCGGCUCAGAAGAAGUCAAACACAAAUCUCAAUGCCGCUGGAGCAACCCCUGUUGCAGAGCCCGCCGCCUCGGAACCGGAAGCCCCUACGCCAGCGACGCCCAUCACGCCGGUCAACCCGCAGCAGCAGAACGUCAACAGGCCAGGAGGCCCGAACGCAGGACCACCUCAGCCCAUGCCAAAUGGCCAAGGUCCAGCGCCCGUGCCUCAGCAAGCCGCGCCCAUGGUGCCUCCCGCCGAUCCCAACCAGAACCAAGGGUUCAACAUGGACAUGCAGGAGUUCGGCCUCGAUUUUGCCAACCCGCUUGCAACAAAUGAUGUGCUGAAUGACUUUGACUUUGACUCCUUCCUCCACGACAACGAAGGUGACGCAGGCGGUUUCGACUUCACUGGGGCUACAAACUUCAUGGAUCCAGAAAUCGAGACCUAG